AUGGAGGUGAAGAACUUUGCAGUUUGGGAUUAUGUCGUGUUUGCAGCCCUCUUUGUCAUUUCCUCUGGAAUUGGGGUGUUCUUUGCCAUUAAGGAGAGAAAAAAGGCAACUUCCCGGGAGUUCCUGGUGGGAGGAAGGCAAAUGAGCUUUGGCCCCGUAGCCUUGUCCCUGACAGCCAGCUUCAUGUCAGCGGUCACCGUGCUGGGGACCCCUGCCGAGGUCUACCGCUUCGGGGCGUCCUUCAUACUCUUCUUCAUCGCCUAUGCAUUUGUCAUCAUCCUGACGUCAGAGCUCUUUCUCCCUGUGUUCUACAGAUCUGGCAUCACCAGCACUUACGAGUACUUGCAACUACGAUUCAACAAACCCGUUCGCUAUGCAGCAACAGUCAUCUACAUCGUGCAGACGAUUCUCUACACAGGGGUGGUGGUGUACGCCCCUGCUCUGGCACUUAAUCAAGUGACUGGGUUUAAUCUCUGGGGCUCUGUGUUUGCAACAGGAAUUGUUUGCACAUUCUACUGUACCCUGGGUGGAUUAAAAGCAGUGGUGUGGACAGACGCAUUUCAGAUGGUCGUCAUGAUCGUGGGCUUCUUAACGGUUCUCAUUCAAGGAUCGGCUCAAACUGGUGGCAUACACCAAGUGAUGGAGCAAGCGGCAAAUGGAUCCCGACUAAAUAUAUUUGACUUUGAUGUAGAUCCUCUCAGGCGGCACACUUUUUGGACAAUCUCAGUGGGAGGGACGUUUACGUGGCUUGGAAUCUAUGGAGUUAAUCAAUCGACCAUCCAGCGAUGCAUCUCUUGCAAAACAGAAAAACAUGCUAAGCUGGCCUUGUACUUUAACUUGCUGGGUCUGUGGAUCAUUCUGGUGUGUGCUGUCUUCUCUGGGUUAAUCAUGUACACCUACUUCAGAGACUGUGACCCUUGGACAUCUGGCAUCAUCUCAGCACCAGACCAGCUAAUGCCGUACUUUGUCAUGGAGAUAUUUUCCACCAUGCCAGGAUUGCCAGGACUUUUUGUGGCUUGUGCCUUCAGUGGAACUCUGAGCACUGUGGCUGCCAGCAUCAAUGCCUUAGCAACAGUGACCUUUGAGGAUUUUGUCAAGAACUGUUUCCCCCAUCUCUCGGACAAGCUGAGCACCUGGAUCAGUAAAGGCUUAUGUCUCUUAUUUGGUGUGAUGUGUACCGCUAUGGCUGUGGCUGCAUCCCUCCUUGGGGGAGUUGUACAGGCCGCCCUCAGCAUCCAUGGAAUGUGUGGGGGACCAAUGCUGGGUUUAUUCUCUCUGGGAAUCAUAUUCCCUUUUGUGAACUGGAAGGGUGCGUUAGGAGGUCUUCUCACCGGAAUCACCUUGUCAUUUUGGGUGGCCAUUGGGGCCUUCAUUUACCCUGCACCAGCUGCUAAGACAUGGCCCUUGCCUUUAUCGACAGACCAGUGCAUCCGAUCCAAUCUGACGGGAACAAUACCUCCUGCGCUCUUCAGCAGACCCGCGGUAGCUGACUCCUGGUACUCGCUCUCCUACCUCUACUACAGUGCCGUGGGCUGCCUGGGAUGCAUCAUUGCAGGAGUGAUCAUCAGCUUCAUAACAGGUCAUGAAAGAGGGGAGAAUAUUCAACCACUGUUAAUUAGGCCAGUUUGCAAUUUGUUUUGCUUUUGGUCUAAGAAAUACAAAAGACUGUGCUGGUGUGGAGUUCAGCACGACAGUGGGACAGAGCAGGAAAACCUUGAGAAUGACAGCGCCUGGAAACAAGAAGCUGAAUCUGUCUUACAGAACGGACUCAGAAGAGAAAGCCUGGGCCAUGUUCCAGGCUAUGAUCCCAAGGACAAAAGCUACAAAAAUAUGGCAUUCCAGAUUACUCCUUUUUAAGACGAUCUAUUUAUGCACGUGCCCACACACGU